AUGGGUAAAGUCCACGGUUCCCUUGCUCAGGCAGGCAAAGUUCGUUCUAACACACCAAAGGUCCCAAAGAUGGAUAAGCCAAAGGAAGUCCGCGGCCGUGCUCGUCUGCGCAAGAUCUACAACCAGCGCUUCCUUGCUGUUAACCCAGAUGCUAAGCGCAAGACAGGUCCAAACUCACAAUCUCAGUAA